UAAUAUCUGUGAUGAAACUUUGUUCAAGCCCUUUAAAUAAGGACCUCAUUAACAUUUGCCUCGCUCCAAACAUACGGCUAUGUACCACGACAUUGCCCCAAAAUACAAUUCUAACGUUUUUUUGACACCAUAGAUAGAGCCUUCUUGGACUUUAUUGCAAUUAUUCGAUUUCUGUUAAUGUUCUAAAAUAAUCGAUUACUAAAUGAAGUUUUUGUCAGAUCACUUCCGGUGUAAGCCAGUCUGCUGCAUGAUGGGAAAAUCAUGGUAUCACCUUAAUUUGAGUAAGCAGAAAUGGCUGCCACAAUUAGAGAUCCAGAAGAAGACUCCUCCAGGCCCAAAGGGAAACAUAUCAAAGCUGCAUUGGUAAAUAAGCUGGAAGGAUGCAGUGAUGUAGUUAAUAUGGCCGUUACUAUUCCACACGAAGAUGCAGUAAUCAGUGUUUCCGACGACAAGAGUAUAAGGCUUUGGAUCAAACGAGAAAGUGGACAAUAUUGGCCAAGUAUCUGCCAUGUAAUGGAUUCCGAAUGUUCAGCCUUAGAUUAUCAUGGAACAAGUAGAAGAUUAUUUGUAGGACUGGAUGAUGGAGCAAUUUCCGAGUUUGAAGUGUCUGAGGAUUUUAACAGACUUCACCCAAAUAGAAAGUAUCUAGCGCACAAGAGCAGAGUGACAGCAAUUGUGUUUUCACUGGAAAAUGAAUGGCUACUGAGUGUAGGAAGAGAUAAAUAUUUACAGUGGCAUGACUGCACAACUGGCAAAAGAUUGGGAGGAUUUCAAACUGAAGCAUGGUGUACAUCAUUACAAUUUGAUGCUGAAUCCAAACACACCUUUGUGGGAGACUAUGGUGGCCACAUCAGUGUUAUAAAACUGGAGUCAAGUUCACCUUCACUGGUGACGACACUCAAUGGCCACUCAGGCAAGUUACCCCCAUGGCACUCAUGGUUUGGCACAGGAAGUGUAAGAGCUCUAGCAUGGGAUCCUGAGUCAAAACUGUUGUUCUCUGGUAGUUUUGAUGAAUCUAUUAUUGUUUGGGACAUUGGUGGACAAAAAGGGACUGCUUUGGAACUUCAUGGUCAUAUAGCCAAAGUUCAGUCCCUUUGUUAUGCUCCACAUGCAAAGAAGUUGAUAUCCUGCAGUGAAGAUGGUAUUAUUAGGAUCUGGGACAUGAACGUAAAACGGAAAGAGACUCCAGAAUGGUCACAAAGCGAUGUAUGUGAGAGAUGUGGAGGCCCUUUCUUUUGGAACUUUAAAGGAAUGUGGAGCCAAAAAGCUGUUGGUGUCAGACAGCAUCAUUGUCGGAAAUGUGGAAGAGCAGUGUGUAACGAGUGCAGCAACAACGAAUCGUCUUAUCCAAUCAUGGGUUUUGAAAAUUCAGUGCGUUUUUGCUCUGAGUGUUAUGAAGAAAUCACGGAUGAGGACCGUGAGCCUCUGGCUGACUUUCACGACGCAAAACAUGCCACUCGCUCACUACAUUUGGAUCUCACUAAAGGAAGGUUACUGACUUGUGGCGGCGAUAGGAUCAUUAAGAUUUGGGACGUAAAAGCAAUUCUCUUGUCGUGAGCAUGGACUAGACCUCUUUAAGAACUUUUAACAUUUCGAAAAAACAGAUGGAUGCGAUUUAAUCACGAUUUUCUUUCGCCGUUCCAAGCAUCCAGAGGCCUUGUGAAGGCGAACAGAUGUAGCAGGUGUGGACCCGUCGUUAAUUUGUGUCAAGUUUAACUACAAUGAUGUUCAAGGUUGUCACGCAAUAUACUUCGUAAGAUUGCAUGACAACUCGAGCAACGGAUUCUAUGCAAUGAUUCAUGUAAGUGAUGUCACAAAACAAUGGUAGCAUCAUCGACGUUUCAGAUGGACGGCAAACCCGUUGCUAAGCUGCUUUGGGUUAUUUUCGUCUCUCAGGCAGUUUCUCUUAGCCUUCUUUGUUGAAUGGAAAUUUCCUUUUUUCAGAAACUUGAUCGGUGCCUACUCGAAUUUUUCACCCAUUAGUUUGGACUGAAAUUAAAUGGUUUCUAGCUUGUCCCAGCAGAAAGCUUUUGGGGCGACUCAAUUUAUAGUCAGUAAUGAACCGUCAUCUUUUAUUGAAAGUAAGGUCAGUAAGAGUGUAAUAUAAAAAAAAUAAUAAUAAAAUGCACGAGUAAAAAGAAAUGUAGGAUUUAAGCUCUAGUGACUUCUUGUUCGGAACGAUAUUAGUGAUUAUAUGGAGUAGGUUUGUAAACUUACUUGUUAUUAACAUUUUGAAUAAAAAAAUUACAUAUGGUGAAAACAAAAA